AUGGGGGCGGAGAGCAGAAAGCUCUCCAGUUGUAGGAGUAGUGUGGAAAGUAGGACUGGGAGUUUGACUCUGUGAGCACAUGACAACAAAGGAGGCCGAAAGAGAGGAAGAAUGAAGGAGACGGCUGGAUCAAAAAGACAGAAGAUGGAGUGAAACAAGAUGUGGCGAAACAAAACCCACCUUCCCACUUCCACCUCAGCGGAGCCUCUGUAGCGCAGACGUGGAGGAAUACAGCAGAGGAGCAGAAGACUUGCCUGGACAAGAAGACAAACUGUGACUGAGGAGGCUUGAACUCGCUUCCAUAGAGGAGAAGAAACUUGAGUCAAAGCAGACGGGCAACAGGCAGAGGAGGAAGAGGAGGGGGAGGAGGAGGAGGAGGAGGAGGAGGAGGAGGACUAGAGGGCUUCCAGGAAACUGAAGAAAAGCAAGAGGCGAACACUGACACUCUUGAAUGAGUGCGAGGUACUGCCAGGGAAAGGCGUUCAAGGAGGAGGUGGUGGAGUGUCUGAGAAAGCAGAUACCAGAUAAUGAAUCAGUUUUAACAAGAGGAGACAGAAAGACAUGAGACUACAGAUCCUAAAGCUGCUCUUCUCUCUGCUCACCAUCUUCUUCUUGGGGGGUCUGCUCUCCACCCUCAUCUGGUACAUGUUGAACAGCAAUGUGGAAUCUCACCGACAACCUCCUCACAAGAAAAGUGUCCCAGUGUCUUCAGAGCAGUGUAAAAAUUGCAGGGAAAUCAUUGCUAACAUAGCAAAACGUUAUGCUGAACCCUGGAAGAGGCAGGAUGGAAAUUACCAGAAGUUCAGCUCUCUGCUGAGCAGCAAGUGCCACGGGGCUGAGUAUGCCAUUGUUACCCAGAACAACACUCCACUGGGAUCGCAGAUUGUUUACAGCGGAGAAGCAAAACGGAAGGCCAUUGAAGUGACAACAAAUUUGUUCAGUACUUUUCCGAAGGACCAUCCUCUUCCCAAUAAGAAAUGGGACUCCUGCUCUGUGGUGGGUAACGGCGGGAUCCUGGUCAACAGCAAAUGUGGAAAACAAAUCGAUUCGGCUGACUUUGUGAUCAGGUGCAACCUCCCACCUUUGGACAGUGAAUUGCAGAAAGACGUUGGUAAGAAGACUAACCUUGUGACAGCAAACCCGAGCAUCUUCAUGGAGAAGUUUCAUGCUCUGAACAAUCACCGCCGUCCAUUUGUGGAGAGUCUGCGCCGCUUCGGAGACGCCACGCUGCUCAUGCCAACUUUCUCCUUUGGCUACAACACUCAGAUGUGUCUCCGAGCUGUCUAUGCCAUCGAAGACUUUGAAAGUCCCAUCAGACCUGUCUCUUUUAACCCUGAAUACAUGAGGAAUCUGUCCAUCUACUGGCGCUCCCAGGGCCUGAAGGAAGCUCGGCUCAGCACUGGCUUUAUAAUGGUUAGUCUGGCACUAGAACUGUGCAACAGCGUGGAUCUGUACGGAUUCUGGCCUUUCAGUGUCCACCCUCAAGACUUCCAUCCCCUGACGAACCACUACUACGAUAACAGACCGCCUCGAAAGAGAUUUCACUCCAUGCCAGCCGAGUUCGACCACCUGCUGAAGUUGCACAGUCAGGGCAUCCUCAGGCUUCACCUGGGAGAAUGUGAGCAGUGAAGGAUGGGUCUGCAAAAAAAAAAAGAAAAAAACCCCAAGAGUGCCUUACUGACUUCACCUUCCAGCAGUCAAGGUGUUUUACUGUAGUUUUGCGAGCACUUUCACAUCAGUUUCUUUUUUACUUGGAAUAGAGAAAAAAGAUUACUUGGUGCUUUCUGGAGGAUUUGUCUUUUUCAGUGGUUGCUGUUUGAUUAUUGCUAGAUAUGCCAGAGGGGCACCAAAAGUGAGCACUGUUGUCCCUCUAGAGGAAGGUCUCUGGUUUGUGUGAAGUUUGCAUGUUUUCCCUGUUUCUGUGUGAGUUUUCUCAGGUUCUCUGUCUACCUCCCAUGAUCCAAAGACGUGUAACUCUGAAGUGACUCUUGAAUGUGUAGCUGGUUAUUUCUAUGUUAAUUCCAAUAUGGACAAUUUGUUGAAGGGGUUUUCUAAUUUUUACAUUUUUUCCCAUGAACCAACUCUGAGUAAAGGCAGUUAAUGAAAUGAAAUGUAUAGCGUCAUGAAAUACCUGCUGUAUUUCAGUAGCAUUUAUAUAUCAGUAUUUCUGUGAGGGUUGUACCAAGGUUGUGCCUUUUAAAACUGACUAUCUUUUUCAUCCAAAAGUUUUUUUCUUGAAUCACUCUAUGACACAAAACGUUUUUGAUGCAAGGAGGUCGCCCUCUGGUGGCCACAGAUUUAACUGCAGAA